AUGACGGUGAUGCUGCUGCAACGUUUUGCCGCGCCGCACGCUAAAAAAAUUCUGACAAACUCAUGUGAAUACGAAGUGGGUAAUUGCCAACAAUUGAGCAAUCAAUUGACACUGGUAAUAGACAACAAUACGAGUGAGCACAUAAUAAAGGAGAGUGUUGACACUAUAAUCGACAAGUGUUACUGCAACAAUAACAAUAAAACAAACAACAGCAGUUACACGGACAAGGAGAAGAUAAUAAACGCAACCAAUACCAGCAAGAACGAGCAGUUCCGCAGCGGUGGUGGUUGUUGUCACAAUCAAGGGCUAUCAAACAUCAAUAACAAUAACAGUGAAGCAACGGAGAGUGACGAAUUACUGGGAAGAAAUAGAAAUCCUGGUAGACAAGAGACUAUAACAUCGCGUACAACAACUGUUACAACGGGUACAACGUGUACUCAAUUGACAUCGGCGUCACAAAGCCGAUACUGUAGUCAAGGUGUCGUGAUGCGAUAUUAUCGAUUAUGGAUAUAUGCCUGUAACAUAGUGCUGCUUGGAAGUGCACUUGGCUUUGCCGCUGUUGUGUCACGUACACUGUUGUUCUCGGGUGAUCCGAGACGUUAUUUGGUGCCAGGUGUACCAAGAGCAUGGGAUCCAACUGCAUUGUACGCAUAUCUUGCACUAGCAACGCAGCUUGGUCUUGUCCAGCUGUUGGGUUGCAUAGCAGCAAGACGGCUCAGCGCCAAGUUGCUGAAUGCUUACUGGGUCCUGCUGCUGGCAUUGCUGUUUGGUGAUGCCAUAAUCGGUGUUGCAUGGGUCUUCAGGUUUGAGAGGAUGAGAGCUGAGCUGAGGCCAGUGUUGAGGCUCAAGCUGCAGUUGGAUUACGGGAGGGAGGGUAGGUUCAGUGAUAACUGGGACAGAUUGCAGAGAGACUUUUCCUGCUGUGGUGUCACUGGGCCAAGUGACUUUGACAGUAGAUUCAUACCAGAGAGUUGCUGUGGUCCCGCUGUGUUAGGUAGUGCUAGUGUUGGUGGGGUUAAUGCUAACAAUGAUACUGUGGGAUGCCAUCAGCCAUUCAACAAUGGGUGUGAAGAGUUUCUCAUGCAGUGGCUGAGAAAGACUGCUGAUCUUCUCUUUGUGCUUGGUUUUUGUGUUAUAGCUUUUGCCAAGUUGUGCUUCCUCGGUAUUCUGAGGUAUGAAAUUAGGGAGAUGAUACAGAAGAUACGGCUGUUGAGGGAACCACCGCCAAUGGCAUCGGCCGCUUUCAUUCAGUCAUUCUGUCAGCCAGCAGCUAUGCCAACUGCCGUUACAACGACAACAGCUAGUGGCUCCUCUUGCACAGCAACAGCUACCUUAGCUGGUAGUGAUGGCACUGGAAAGGGUGUUAUGAACUACGUUGGACCGAGACGUACGACACUGCCCAUUGUCGUUUCAUCAUCUACCAUCACUAAUAAUCCAUCGAGUUUCGGCAACAAUGUACCCCUACUUCCACAACAGUUGGACCAGGACUACGGUGUUAAGCAUCCCCUAUUAUUCACGAGUAAUCUACAACAGGACACUGGUGCUGACAGUGAUACUAAUAGUCACUGUGCACUCAUCCUCGAGGAGACAACCCCAACAUCGACAGCUCAUCGCAAUUGCAAUGCAGCCAAGGAGAAGAGCAAUGGUAAUAACAAUUACGAGAUGAGGGAGUUUAAUCGUCGUUAUUUAAUGUCAAACGGAGGUAGUCCACCAACGGGAAUAACUAUUGUAGGACAAAACAGAAAGACCUGACUAUGGAAGUGGUGGCGACAAACGUCGAAUUGUUUUUUAUACGGAAAUAAUAGACCAGUCGAGCUUGAUGCAUUCUACAAGUAGUCUGUGUUAUCGCGGUUAUGGGUUUAAUGUUUUUCGUCGAUUAUUUUGCGUGUCGGGGGAAUUAAUUUCGAGGAUUUCAUUGAGUUUGGCUGAGGGGAAUUGAAGAAACACCAGGAAAAACGAUUGAUCAGAACAAUUUAGGAAAGUUUUUUUUUCAGUUUUUACGUGAGGGUAAAACGACCCUUCAGGACGUUGAGAGUUGAGGAUCAAAUGGUCUCGAGGAUAAAAAAAACAGCUGUUAAAAAGGUUCAGAAUUGUGGGUCAAAUGGUCUUGAGGGCCAAACGACCCUUAACAAUUUUCAGUGUUGAGGAUCAAAUGUUCUUGAGAAUUAAACGAACCUUAAAGACGUUUGGAAUCGAGGGUCAAAUUAUCUUAAAGGGCUACCGACCCUUUCUUGUCACUCUGGUCCAACCCUUGCGA